AUGCGGACCGACGGCUAUGAAGAUGAGCCGUCGUAUCUGACAGCGCCUCAUACAGAAGACCUCGACGAAGAAGACAUCACGCUGCUUGAUGUCGCAGGAUUUCUUCAAUGCCAGGUGGUGGUUGCGGUUACUAGUAGCAUCACCAUGACCCUGCUCAGUCACUUGCCUCCGUCAGUCAAUUCAGUGCCGCUUGACGUCUCGAACAAUGUUCAAGUCAUCGACACGUAUUCAGAUUUUGCUUCUCUCCGGCGCGCGCAAGGGACUGCCUUUGUUCGCUUGGGUUCAACGCUGCUCAUAUGGUCUGAUGAUGUCAGUACGGUCCUCAGCGCUAUACACAAACUAGAGGGGCAAAUUGUCAAGCUUGUUUGGAACGGAACAGAUAAGCUCGAGCAAUAUGAGGAAUUGGAACAGGGCAAUGUUCUAGCGGAUCGAGGUGUCAGCCUCCUCACUCCCAGCUGUGUCGGUCUUGCAAUACUGGCACUUGCAGUCUUUCUUGGCCAAUCUGUUCACGAAAUUGUAUUGCAAAUCAAAGCCGAUGGCAACUGGUCUUCUCUCGGUAUCAUCCUCUACUUUCCAAUCACGCUCUGGCUUGCUGCCUUCUUUGCUCAGACAUUUGCGCUCGUUGUCUUCUAUUUCCUCGGUCCCAUGUCGCACCUAGGCCGGAAUACCAAGUACUAUUCCGCUAUCGCACCACCUCGUCGCUCGAAUGCUCAACUACCUCACAUCACAGUACAGUGUCCGAUAUACAAAGAAGACCUCGAACUAGUGAUUGAACCUGCUUUGCUCAGUGUCAAGACUGCCAUCAAGACCUAUGAGAUGCAAGGAGGAUCCGUCAACAUUUUUGUGAAUGACGAUGGCAUGCAAGUCAUCAGCGCACGCGAACGACAGAAGCGUCGGCAAUUUUACAAACACCAUAAUAUUGGCUGGGUUGCACGACCACCCGAUAAUGAGCACUUUGUUCGAGCAGGCAAGUUCAAAAAAGCUUCCAACAUGAAUUACGCCAUGUAUUUGUCACAUCAGCUGGAAGAAGCACUUACUGGGUUCGUGCGUCCAAGCUACUGGACAGAUGGAGAUGAAACCGCAAAGCAGGCAGAACUUACUAACGACUUGCUGCUUCAACAGCAGCCACCAGCGCUUGGGGACGGCGACAUUCGCAUCGGCGAGCUCAUUCUUCUCAUCGACGCAGAUACCCGUGUUCCCCAAGACUGCUUUCUCGAUGCUGCAAAUGAGUUCGCGGAGUGUCCUGGACUGGCCAUCCUGCAGCAUACUUCCUUAGCGUUCCAAGUCACCUCUGACAAUUACUGGGAAGAUUGCAUGGCCUACUUCACCAUGUUCAUCGCAGGCGCCAUCCAGUGGAUGACGGCUGGUGGUGACGUUGCCCCAUUCGUUGGCCACAAUGCUUUCUUACGCUGGUCUGCUGUCCAAGAGCUCUCGUACGAAACGGACGGACGACGAAAGUGGUGGUCGGAACAACAUGUAUCGGAAGAUUUCGAACUAUCUCUCAAAUUGCAAAACCUGGGGUACAUUGUCCGCCAAGCUUCAUACUCACUGGGCGAGUUCAAGGAGGGUGUUUCACUGACUGUCUAUGACGAGAUUGAUCGAUGGCAAAAGUACGCGUUUGGCGUGUUUGAGCUCGUAUUCCACCCUUUCAUGCUUUGGCCGACAAGAGGCCCCUUUACGCCGUUGUUUCGCGCAUGUAUGACCAGCAAACGCAUCAGCGCUGCGUCUAAGUUCACGCUCCUGGCCUACUUUGGCACCUAUCCGGCUAUUGCCUCUCAAUGGCUUCUGACGCUCAUCAACUACUUUUUGAUUGGUUGGUUUGAGGUCAAUAUCACCAAGCUCUAUCAAAGUUCGUUCCAAAUCAUCAUUGCGACCCUGGUCGUUUUUGACAUCUCGGUGCCGUGUGCGAACGCAGUCUUCCGCUUCAGAUCACACCAAUCCCAGUUCGUUUUCGCCUUGUUGGAAAACUUCAAGUGGAUUGCCCUUCUCUGUGUCUUCUUCGGUGGCCUCUCAUUGCACAUCACAAAGGCUCUUAUCUAUCAUUUGUUUGGCAUACCCUUGGUAUGGAGUUCUACGGCGAAAACACUUGAAAGGUCUUAUUUUCUCAAAGAGCUGCCUAUGAUUUGGCAUCGCUUCAAGUACAUGUAUGCAUUUGUGUUUGUCGCAUCUCUGGUCUGCGUUGUGCUGGCUCUCUCGGCCGUGCCGAUCGGCUGGCGCAUCGAGCCUUCAGUUUUCACUGGUCUUCCAGUUGCCUGGACUUUAGCUUGCCAUGCAGCUUCCCCAGUCAUACUGAAUCCGCAGUCAUUCUUGAGCGAGAUUCUUUGA